CACGAAAAAUCAUCAUGGCGGAAGAGGCUGCCUACUGUGGAACUUGGAAGAUUGUUGAAUGUGUUCCUCUUGCUGGAGCGCUGGAACCAACCGGGAUAGAGGGUACUGAGUUCUUCCUUGAUGAAAGCGGCGAUGUGUCAUGGAAAAUCCCAAAGGAAACCAACCCAGAGUCAAUGCCGUUCUUCUUCUGUGAGACAUAUGAGGUUGUUCUUACUGAGCCUGCUCUACUUAAGUUUUAUGGAACAUAUGCUGGCCACGUUGGUCAUGUCAUUGAGUUCAGGGUGGAGGUUUCUGAUGACCUGAUGUUGUUGACAUAUGAAAGAUGCUGUAUGCUACAGUGCCAGAAGGUGCUAUCACAUGACCCAAAUGAGGAAGCCCCCUUCUCAUUCCUGGGGGCAUUUGAAGAGGGGCAUUUUUCAGAUCUCAUUAUUAAAGCUGACAAUGGAAAGGAGUUUAAGGUUCACAAGACAAUCCUGAAUCUGAGUGUGCCUAGUAUUGACUGGAACAAGACGCCUCCCCCUCUCACAGGGCUGAAAGAAGAUGUUCUUUAUGCUGUGCUCUACUAUGUCUACUCUGAGUGCCUGCCUCGUGGCAUGUCAGAAACCACUUGCAAGGCUUGCAUCAAGGCUGUCAACAAAAUGCCUGGGUUCCUUAAAUUCUCGGAGCUGUGUGAGACAUUUUUAAAGAACACUGCAUUAAGACAACAAAUUACCAAUCUAGUCAAUGAUAUGCAUAAUUGUGCCGAUAAGAUCAUUGACCUGUUCAGCGGCAAGGUCAGCGCAGGUGAAGGUCAGGGGAGCAGUACUGACGGUGGCAGUGAUGAUAGUCUUAUGACCAACCCUGCUAAGUUAUGUUACAUCAUCAAACAGGCCCUUAGGGAAGGAGCUGUUGCUUGUGCCAAAUUGUUGAUAUUGUGUGACCUCUUCUCAAGGAGAAAAGGUGAACUGUCUCGUGAAGAAAGACAUGAAAUCAUCAAAUAUGCAAAAUCCAGAAUCCCAGUGUUCAUGAACCAACUGCUACGAUUCCUAGACGUGUGUAAGCGCCAUGCUAGUACGCUAACUGCUAGUCAGAGGCAGGAGAUGGCAACGUAUCUAGUACCAGAGAUUGAAGCUGCCCUAGAGACGAUAUCCAAGUUCAUCUUUGACACAAAGACGGCCCUCGAACAAGUGAUAAGUGCUGCAAAUACAGUUGAGAAGAACAAUGAGAAGCAUGGUGCUGAAAAACAUGAAAAACACAAGAAAGCUCAUGUUGGAGAGGUGCUAGGCAAAACACUUAGAAAUGCAUUACAUGUUAGAGAGCUAAUUAAACUAAAACAUUUUCACGAGAAAACAACAGACACAGUGGUUAGCCUCAUGUUGAAAAAGGAAAGUUUCGGAACCAUGACCCACGAAGAGAAAGUCAGGUCUGUCGCCAAAAAUAUCGAACAACUCUGCGACGAGGUGCCAGUGUUUCUGUCGCUGAGGAUUGAGGAGCUGAUGUCUGCACUGGAUGAAAGGGUCACAUGGAAGGAAUGGAAGUAUCUCUUUAAAUUAGGAACGUCUAAAGUGGCCUGGGCAUUGAAUAAAGUGAUAGCAAAUAAAUCAAGCCUGAAGUCCAUGAUACAACAACUGAAUGACCUUGUGCAUCGUGAUCAUUUCUCACAAUCAUUAACAACUCUAGGCCUGUUGGACCCUGUUGUACCGAAAGCUCCCGAUGCUGCAACCAACAGCGCUCUACCACAGGUCUCUGUUCCAACUACAAAGUAUGCACAGCUGAGCUCUGUCGAGUCAUUGUGUAUACCACCUUUUGCCCGGGACAGCUCAUUAGCCAAGUCAGCGCUGGAGCUGUUGCACCAAGGCGAGAACACAGAUAUGUUGUUUGAAGUGGUUAGCAUCUCGGAGGGCGGUGAUACUAUAAUUGAUCACUCGGAGGAGGAACCUGUGCCACGAACCGACCGAGAACGAGACAUAGACAUACGCCAGAUCAAGGCCCACUGUGUUGUGAUAUCGUCACGAUGUGAUUGGUUCAGACGUGCAUUACUUAGCGGGAUGAGAGAAUCUAUAGACAAAAAAAUCAUAGUACAUGAUACUAAUCCUGCUCUGUUUCAAAUGUUCCUCGAGUACUUGUACAGUGGUGAACUAGAGACGUCAGAAUUAGCAACCGAACAAUUGGCUGAUAUUAUGCAAAUAAGUGAUAGAUAUGAGAUGGAUAGCUUAAAGUUGCUGUGUGAGCACUCCUUGAGGCAUCAUCUUGAUGAAGAUACGGCAUUGUUCUUACUAAGCCUAGCUGAUCAGUUCCAUGCGAAGAUACUUAGGGCAGCAUCGCUCAAUUUCAUCAUGGAUCACCCUUCCUUGAUUGAGAGCGAGAUUUUCGCCGACUUACCCGAGCAUUUACAAACAGAGGCAGAAGACUGUGUUGCGUGGCAUGGCCUUGAGCCGAGGACCCGAUCACUUAGUGGGCAUUGCCAUACUGAAACGCCUAGUUCUGUGUCGAGUCUUAGUGAGGUGGAUGAACUCAUGACCACACUCGAUAUUGCCGAGAGACAGGACCCGUCUUCCAGUUCAUCAGAGGAGCUACCGUUCAUGGAGGACUCAGUUCGUCUCGAAGGCUGCCUCUCUGCAUUGCGUGAUAUUGUUGGGGACACUGUGCCUCGCGAGGAGCUAGUCCGGGUUGCAUUGGCAGCAGAUUACGAUGUGAACAGGGCAUUGAACUUCUUCUUCUCUUCAUGAUUUUAGGCGACAUUAGUUCAUUAAGCAAAGGUGAUGAAUCUUGGUGUACCACAUGGGCCUAUUCAUAGAUGGUAUUUGGCUUAGAACAGCAUUUAAGUUCUAACACAUUAGUGUCAGGACGUACAUAUCUUACAUGGUCAGGCUAUUCAGUGGCAAGAGUCAUCAUCAGUGCUUUAAGAGUUAAUGUCUCAAAAUCAAUGAGUAAAUUUUAGGCUUCUAAGGCUAAAUAAACUAAAAUUAUUGACAUGUGUGAGUUUCAUUGUACAGUUCCACUAGUUCUGAAAAGAACUGACUAGUUUUCAUGUGCAAUACGUACGGUUGGGUUUGUUAAGAAAUCAUGGAGUUUGGGAACAACACAAGAGGGGGUCUCCAUUAAAAACCUGUUCAUGUGUGUUCGGAACUUGUCAAUUGAAUAGUCAAACUUUGAUGUUACUAGCUUAGAUCCUGCUCUGGUGUUCAUUCAGGUACUGAACGUGGGGUCACAUGGAAUAGGGUACCGUAGUGUAAAGCAGUGCAGCGCCUAUCUACAUGUACUUAACUCUUUAAAGUUAAAGUUAAAGCCAGCAGGGAUUACAGGAUUGUAUUGUAUGUUUUGGGACUGUAAAAUUUCAUCUGUUUGUGCUUGAUGUUUCUUUUGUUUUAAAACCUUUAGAAAUUAAUAUUUGUAUAGAAAUUUUAAAAGAUUUUAUAUCUGCUUGUUUUCCAUUUUGUUGACAAUAAAAGGAGGAGUAGAGAAUGAUUUACUGGGCAGGCACAAACAUUCUUAAAAGAGUACCAGUAUAAAGGGGGCCUCUUGAAUUCAUCAGCAAAUAUAAAGACAUUUUAACUGUUUUUGUAAAUUUUGGAAAUUAUGUCUGUGCCACCCUCUUCACAGCUACUCUUAACCAUACAUUGGUGUUGGCCCUGAGUGAGUACCUAUACUUCUCCUUCACAGUUGAAAGUACUGUGGCCAUCGAGAAUGUGCAGUUACUGAGUCCUGUACAUGUACGUAUAGACAGCAUUUUUGAAAGGUUGAAUUUGAAAAUGAACAUGUACGGUUCUCAAUGACACAUUCCAUGUGUUGUCAGCCGCCCGCUGCUUGUGGAGGGCACCAUUUGCAAUAUGGCAUUGUAUACUUCGACAGGAAAUUAUUGUACAUGUAGGCAUAUGUUCCUUGGGCAGAGAAUGGUUGAGAUGUUUAUGUAAAGGGUACAUGUAUAUGCAUUUAAGAAUGUGACAGUUAAAUUGUUUCAGAGGAUACAUGUAGGUUUGUAAUAUAUUAAGACUAAGUUUCUUUUAAGAAACAAAGUUGGCCAACAUCAUGUUUGUUAAAAUAUUAUGCCUGUAUACAUAAAGUUUUCAUGUACAUUUCAGUGUUAUAUUUAUGUCAAAUGUAAGAAAAGUAUAUGCCAAAUUUAUCGUUAUGAAGUGACUCAUUGGUCACUGUUUGAAUGAAAAUGAUGAUCAAGUCACUUCACUCCCGCAUCUGUUUGUGCUCUACAGGCCAUGAAUAUGGUAUUGGGUUGAACACGGUUAUGAACAUGUAGAAUCAUGCAGUAUGACUUACAUCUGUGCACUUUUCACACUUGCUACAAAAAAUGGUAUGGAAACUAUUGUUUAAACUUGCCCUAUCAUGUUGGAUUCAUCAAGUACAUCUAUUCUAUAGAUUUUUAACAAUUGACAAAUACUUUAAUAGCAACCUGAGAACAUGUAAUAACUAACUUUCUAUGUUAUACAUCACUCCCCGUUUCAUUCUCUCUGUAUUACGUAGUUUAAUCAUCUGUGUUCAUGAUUGAUUCUUCUGCAAACUUUAAAUCCCGCAAACGAGCACACUAAGGGUGUGAAAAAUUGGGUUGAGUGUUUCUCCAGGACAGACACAUCAUCUCUAUUGACUAUUCAGUGGUCACAUCUGCAUUUAAAACUGGUGCUUUCCUUAUUUAAAAAAAAAAUGUGCCAAAUUAUAUAUGUACUAUCAAUGAACUUUGGUUGAGUUAUUGACUGAGAUGGGUUGUCUCAUCACCAGGUUUAUUCUCAUGAAAAGGAAUUGUGCCUCAUCACAAUUUGGCCUUGCCCCCAUCGGCCCCAAUAUUCCUGGACAGUUGGGCUCUCUAUGUAGCCAUGGCUUUGUUUUCUUUAUCGUUGAUACCCGUGAAGAUCUUGUAUGCUCUGUACAGAAUUUAACCUUGUUAUUUGACUGAAAUAUGAAUAAAAACAUUUCAUAAUUGAUA